UCCUCUAGUAUUCCACUCCACUCCGGCUCCCAGCUCGUAAAGUCCUCCACUCACUCUGACUGGUGCUGACGGGGGUACAGUCAUAGUCGUCUCCCUCUCUAGUCUAUUCUCUACUCUACUCGGCAUUUUUUUCCAUGAAAAGCAGUGUCUGUGUCAGUGGCUCCCUGGUUGUUUUUUUCCCCCCUCGCAAACUUUCGGCUUUGGCGUCAGGCUUGGCAUUUACAGUACUUGUGACUUGGUGAGACUACUGCUUCGUAUUGGUGGAAGCGGUGGAAACAUUCUGGGAGGAUCAACACAGACGGGUCUUGCUCCAGCAUGAAUCGGGCAUUUAACAGGAAAAGAGAUAAGUCAUGGAUGCACACCCCGGAGGCGCUGGCCAAACACUUCAUUGCCUACAAUGCCAAGUUUCUUGGCAACACAGAAGUUGAACAACCUAAAGGCACAGAAAUUGUAAAAGAUGCAGUGAGAAAACUGAAGUUUCAAAGGCACAUCAAGAAAUCAGAGGGUCAGAAGAUUCCAAAGGUUGAAUUGCAAAUAUCGAUUUACGGCGUGAAGAUAUUAGAUCCUAAGUCAAAGGAUGUACUGCACAAUUGUCAGUUGCACAGGAUAUCCUUCUGUGCUGACGAUAAAACGGACAAAAGGAUAUUUACAUUCAUCUGCAAAGACUCAGAGUCAAAUAAACAUCUCUGCUACGUGUUUGACAGUGAAAAAUGUGCGGAAGAGAUCACUCUAACAAUCGGUCAGGCCUUUGACUUGGCCUAUAAAAAGUUUCUGGAGUCAGGAGGAAAAGAUGUAGAGACGCGGAAACAGAUUGGAUCCCUACAAAAGAGAAUCCAAGAACUGGAAACGGAAAAUUCAGAAUUGAAGAAGCAGCUUCAGAACUUAGAGGAGCAGAUGACGGGUCCCAAAUUGUCACCACUGCUGCAUUUAAACGCGGCCAAUGAGGCGUACAUGCGUCAGAGGCCGUCCUCGCUCUUCUGGUGUCAUAACCUCACCUCCUUCUCGUGUCUCGAAAUCUCCUCUGUCACUCUCACGCCUAUGAGCUCGCCCGAGUCCAACUUCUCCACGGGCCUCCUCACGCCUCCGCCCCACAAGCCCGCGCUGCCAAAGCCGCCCAACGGAUUCAGUAUCCCGCGGCCGCGUGCCGGCAGUGUCUCCGCCAAGCCGCAGACAUCCACAGACAUCUUCGACAUGAUCCCCUUCUCUCCCGUGGAGCCGCUCGUCCCAUUACCGGCCAGCAAUGGAGGAACACCACCUCCGGCACCGCCCGCACAACCAGGAGACCCACGCAAAGACCUUUUUGGCGCUGAACCCUUCGACCCGUUCAUCUGCGGGGCGGAUGCCAACUUCCCGCCGGACAUCCAGUCCAAGCUGGACGAGAUGCAGGAGGGGUUCAAAAUGGGACUGACCCUAGAGGGCACAGUCUUUUCGCUAGACCCCCUUGAUGGCUGCUGCUGAUACCAAGAGGACUCUUUUUUUGUGAAAUACUGUUUCCUCUUCCUAUUAAACAAGUGCCAACAUGGA